AUGUCUAUCAAACAGCCCUACGAGAUUCCAGUCACAGAGCCGAGCAAGCACAGCAUGAAGGAGUCCCAGUUGCACGACCCGGACACCGUGGCCAUUGGCGAAGGCGAAGAGAUCGGAAAAGUCGAUGCCACGCGCCAGGGUGUCUCCGGCCAAGCCGCCGCCGAGGGUGGCAAGCAGUACCGUGUCCUGGGUAGAUGGAAGACGGCCUUCGUCUUCAUCCAUACCGAGAUCGGAAUCGGCAUCCUCAGCUUGCCGUCGGUAUUGAAGAAGCUGGGGCUUAUUCCGGGACUCAUUGCCAUCUUGUUGAUCGGGCUCCUCGCCACCUACACGGCAUACCUCUACCUCAUCUUCUGGCGAAAGUAUCAACACGUUGACAACCUCCCCGAUGCCAUGCGAGUGCUUGGUGGAAAGCCAUGGGCCAUUGUCGGCGGCAUCGCCUUGAUGAUCAACUUCAUACUGUACCUAUUCCUCGGCGGCCCACCAAACUCGAUAGAUUCAUGACCCGGUUGAAAGAGGCAGAAGGCCAGCAGAGGGCUUACUGAACUCUUCCCUGCUGCUCUCUUGGGUGCCUGAGUCCAAG